AUGGGUUGUGCUGGUGAUACACUAACCCAGGACGGCGCGGACAACAGCGUGGCGGAGUCGCGCUGGUCUUGCACCUUGGGAACAGCAACGACGUGCGAGCUCCAAAUCGAGUUCGAUGAUUGUUUCGAUGUCUCGUACCUGAUGAUCUCCUUCAAGAACACGGCUGGGGUGGGCGCCCGACCACCCACACCCUGCCCUGUGAAAACCGAGACAGUCCUCCGCUUUGCGGCCAACGAAACCACCCGCUCUGUCCGUCUACCGUCUGUCGACCCAUUAGAUUUCCACGAGAGUGACGACGCCACACAGCUAUCGAAUUCUUUCGACGUUCAAGUCGGGUACGGCACGGUGCACACGGACUUGACGUCGCCAGGGACCGCCCUGGGCGCGGGACAGCGGGUGGAAAUCUACCUGGACGUGGACGAUCCCGAUAACGUGGUUGUUGCGACGCUUCCUACAAUAUCGACCGGUGCGAGUUUCGACAGCACGACCGUUGCGUGA